AUGCAUUUUAUAUCCAUCCUAUGUCGUCCUUCUUCUACCUCUGACAGCCCAAACAAUAAAAAUUCUUCCUUCUCCCGCUUUUUCCUCUCUUUUAGACGUCGUUUAAGGCGAUUUAGACGUAGCCGGCGUGCAAGUAGAGGUAAUCAGGCGGAGGCGGAGGCAAAAGCAGAGGCAGAAGCAUAUUCACAGCCACAUUCACCCAAACACUCUCCCACACACCCGACUCUCCACCCCAUCGACUUGGACUUUGGUGAUAACUUGGUAUUCGAAAUCGAUAAAGCUCUGUCGUACACAGACUCCCAGCGCAAUAUCUAUUUCUAUCCAACCCCGGAUCCUCCCCCACCAAGUCCAUCGAGUAGUCUCUCCAACAGCCCCCCGAACCACUCUUUCACCCAUGAAAACCCUCCGAGUCCCGUAUUCAAGCUUAUAAACAACAUCGCCAACUCUAGACGCUCUUACUCUCCAAUUCCUGUAAGCAGUGAUUCUAUUUUGCUCUCAAAGAAACACCAAGACAAUCUCAAUAGUCAAGACACACUGGGCACACAAGACACACAAGACAUCCAAGACAUCCAAGACACCCAAAAUAUGCGAAACACCCAACACGCCCAAGAUCCUCCCCAGGAACCCCCACACCUCUCCAGAAUCUGGUCUUCCUUAUCUCACAACUACGCCUCCUUCACCUCCAACAAGUCCUCCCUUUCCCCAAACAAAGCCAUCUUUAUACGCGAAACCUUCAACGCUUUUAAGAAUAUCGACAGCGUCUACUCUACUUGCAACCAAUACAAUCUCCACACUAAGUACAGACGUCAACUCCUCUUCGACUGGGUCUACGCUCUUAUUGACGACCUCAACACUCACCAAGUCGCUCCUGAACGCAGCGCAUGCCUUGAUUCAUUGGCAGUUAUUUUAGAGAGCAAAUUCCUCUCUCCUCUCUCCAUCGCUGCUCAUAUCCCACACGAUGAGCAUACCGUCUGCAAUGUACUCUCCGACGUCAUACGCUACUCUCUCUCAAAACUUAACAGUCGCGGUGUAUUCCAGAACACCAUCUUCUACUGCGGCAGAUAUUUUGCCAUAGCCUUUUUCAGAGUGCCUGGGGUGGCAUAUCAGCUGUUGCAGCCACUAGACGUAUCAAGCAGGAUACUAGCAAAGCUAGUCAAGGAUUCUGGGUGGUGUGGUGCCAGUCUCGCCUCUAAUUUCCCAGACCAUCUCAAACCACUCACUCUUACCCCCAUUCCCACUUCACACAAAACGAGCGCUAUCGAAAUAGCCUGCCACGAGGAGACCAAGGCGUACAUCAACGCCUUGCACAGCUACUCUCCCAGCACUUCCUCUUCCUCAUACAUUACGCUCGAACCCGACAACUGGCUACGUAGAUGGACUUCUGACGACUCGGAGCUUUUCUUCAGCUUCGUGAGAGCCUACCAUCGACUAAUGCAUCCUAUGUCGGGUGGGCAUGAUAAAGAUGGUGAGGGUUGUGAGAGUGUUGGUAACUGCACCACAUCCACACCCACCCUCUUCUCCCUACCUGGUUACGCCCACCUAAGCUAUGUUCUUCAUUCAAAAAUGCUCUCUCUUCUCAAAGGCGACAUAUACAGCGUCACCACAGGCACCACCAAUAGUCUAAAAGGAGGGUCUAAUGAAGUGGCGGAAACUGCCAAUGUCCUCGCACCUACCAGUGGCAAACCGAAGCUGCUAGACCAGGCUAAUCGGAGAGUAGUUAGUACGAUGCAAGAUUUGAUCCAGGCUGGUUAUGUGAAUGUUGUAGAUUAUCACCUUAUGGUCGCUGUACACUCUACUAACCUUUAUAGCGCACCCCAGGUGUUCUGUCUAUUGGAUGCACUUGAUGGGAUUAUUGCGGGAGUUUACGAGCAGCGCAGUGUUGACAAACUCGAUUUACCUUUCAUCCUCCAUUUCCUCGCUAUCAUCCUUAAGCAGUGCGAUCACGUCCUGACGCUGAUACGAACCAUAUCAUUCAUAUUCACCCACUUCGACUCGCUGUGCUGCACACUCGAGACAAGGCGCGCACUGUGCAUCGAUAUCCUCCUCGACCAGGCGCUUUUCACACGCCUCACACUCUUCUGGUCGCAGAGUGUAAGGUCGUACUGGCUCCGUCUGCUUGUGUUCAGAAUUGGACACGUUCAGGGUGCGACAGAGCGCGACGACGCGUUUGGAGGUGGGAGUGUAAGGGAGGAUGAAAAUGUGAAGAGGUUUGAUGAUACCGCACUCAAUCACAACGGCAGAAAUGAGGUGGAUCGUAGCAGUAACAAGAACAAUAAUAAGGACAAUGAUGAGGAUAAAGAUAAGGACUGCUCACAUUCUAACACACUCUCACAAUCUCACUCGCUCACACUCUCCAUCCUCCUCACUCUUAACACCCUCCUCAACAAAAUUCAUCGACGACAUGAGCAGCUUGAGCCGGAUGGGGUGAGUGAGGCUGAGCACGAACGCGAGCACGAUUCGGAGAAUGAGUUCAAGCAGGAGAAUAAGCGUAACUCUAUAAUUGAGUCGUCGAGUGACACGCGCGAGAAUGGGAGUGAAAGUGAGAUUGGUAACGGUGGUGGAAAAGGAGGUAAUACCCCACCAACAACUAUACGUACCCCUUCAGCAGCGACAGGACUAGGAUUAGAGUUUGAUGGUGCAUCGACAUCAGUACAUUCACCUCAGUUACAUGAACAACUUAACCAACCUACUACUCCCCCUCGCACACCCAAAAAAACCUUCAGCUUUGAAUUGCAGUCACCUACGUCGUCAUCCUCAUCACCCAGCUCGUCGCCGCAGAGUGGUGAAAAGUGUGAGGAAGUUGAAAAGUAUGAGAAGGGCGAGAAGGUUGAUAGUGAGCACUCGGCUAACAGGGUAGAAACGAACUGUGGAUCAAGUGCAGAAGAGGAGACUACAAGAACUGCCGCAGCAAUACACACUGCUUUCCUCCCUGAACCAGCAGCCAAGCUGCUAAUCAACACAGGCAACACAUUCAACACGCAAACGGCGCUUUCUCCCACAGAUAGUCUCGCCUACGAUCCAUCUCUCCACACAUACGCUUCAAAGGCCCUUAACGAGUAUAUCAACAUCCUCAACGUCGAAUAUCAGUACCAGGACUGGCAGUCCAAGUUGGUACCGAGAUUAACCGUGCAAUGGCCCGCUGCUUUUACGUUUGAUUGA